AUGCGUUCUCUCGUUUCCUGUCGUAUAUUUACGUGACGUGGGUCUCACUGAUUGACUAGCUGUGCCGGUUGUUUCCACAUCGAAUAAAAGUGGAAGGAUUUUUGCACGGAUCCGUAUCAGAGUUGACUUUUUAUUGAUAUAAUAUCAUCAUCAUGUUGCAAUCAAUAUUUGAAGAUGUACGUCGGAUGAAUAAACGACAGUUCCUGUAUCAAAUACUCAGCUUUGGCAUGAUCGUGUCCUCGGCCUUGAUGAUAUGGAAAGGUCUAAUGGUUGCAACGGGUAGCGAAAGUCCCAUUGUUGUUGUUUUAAGUGGUAGUAUGGAACCAGCAUUCCAUAGAGGUGAUUUAUUAUUUUUAACAAAUCAUCAAAAUGAAUCUAUGAGAGUAGGGGAAAUUGUUGUUUUCAAAGUGAUAGGCAGAGAAAUUCCAAUAGUGCAUAGAGUUCUGAAACUUCAUGAGAAGGGAGACCAUAACAAUACCGUUAAAUUUUUAACAAAAGGUGAUAAUAAUUCUGUCGACGAUAGAGGCUUAUACGCCCAAGGGCAAUUGUGGCUUACACAUAAAGACGUUGUAGGUAGAGCAAGAGGAUUCUUACCAUAUGUAGGUAUGGUAACUAUUUAUAUGAAUGAAUAUCCCAAAUUCAAAUAUGCCGUUCUAUCAUGUUUGGGUUUAUAUGUAUUGAUUCACAGAGAAUAAGAAUAUCUUUUUAUAGAAAAUUAAUAUAAUAGACUGUCGUUUGUCAUUUAAUCUAGGUAUUUAAUGGGGUUAGAUGACAAUGAAUUGAUUAAAACAUUUGAACGGAGGUUAUUUGCAUGAUUUCAUACCCUUUCAAUUGUAUGCUGUUCAUAUAAAUUUUCUUCUAUAAAAAAUGUAUUACUUUGUUAAAAUACUGUCAACUUGUGACAGUGAUAAAUAAUUGAAAGAGUACGAAGGCCGACUCUAGUACUUUUAUAUUGUACCACAAAACGAACAGUUUUUCAGCUAUUGGCAAAAUCAUAUACAAAGAAUAGUUGGAUUUUUAUGUGCAUACAUGAUCUUGUGUUUAUCGUAAAAAGAAUGUGUUAAAAUUUAUAAAAUUCAUUGUUUAGGUAAAGAAAAUAAUGGUACAAAAUAUUUUUGAGACGCAUACCUCAGCAUUGCUCUUAAUUUUAGGAAUUGUUGCACUUAAUUUUAUCGUUUCUUAUGCACUAUGCUUUGCUAUAUAUAGCAAGAUUAAUUAGAUUUAAUAAUCGAUGUCAAAGCUAUAAAGUAUACCUUAUCGAAAUAAUACACAAAAAUAAAUUUAAUUUCUAUUUAUGCAUCAGCUAGAUUACAUAAAAUAAUAUUAUAAUAAUUAUUUGUAAUAAUUGUUUAAUUUUGAAAGUAAAAAGUACAUUAUAUGCAGUUACAAUGGAAAUGUACUAUUCAACAGUUUAGUGGUUUGUAUAUACUUAAUUAAGAUAUUCGUUUUCAUUGUUCAGAGAACUGAAGAAAAAUCCUGUCAAGCUAAUAAUAGUUGUACAUAUACUAAAUUAUGUCUAUUGCUGAUUUAAA